GGGAAAAGAUUUUAUUGGACAUGAGGGGUAACUUUUUCACGCGAAGGGUGGUGGGUAUGGAAUGAGCUACCAGAGGAGGUAGUUGAGGCAGGGACCAUUGCAACCUUUAAGAAACAUUUAGACAGGUACAUGGAUAGGACAGGUUUAGAGGGAUAUGAGCCAAAUGUAGGUAGGUGGGACUAGUGGUAGAUGGGACAUGUUGACCAGUGUGGGCAAGUUGGUCGAAGGGCCUGUUUCAAUGCUGUAAGACUCUGUCACUCUAUGACUCUAUGAUUCCAUUUAUGACCAUCCAUUUGAAUUAUUACAAGUAAUGUGUGCCAGCAAUAUUUUGCUGCUUGUCUAACAGGUGAACAUAUCGGCUUGACAACAAUACACGUAGCAGCUAAAACACUGGCUCCAUUUGUGCUACUGAAAAAUGUUACUUUAAAAACUCAGCUCUGCCUGGACAGCACCCUAGAUUUUAAAGUUCCAUGAUUAUAUUGAACCCUCAGGACAUUUAAAAGUAGACAGACAGACUGUUCAUCGGCUGGAAUUUGUAAUGGCUUAGAGACUGUCCCAGCAGUACAAGACCACAGGAAGUCUGUAAUUAAAUGAUCUUCUGUCUGUCUCUCUCUCACACACACAACAGUGAUUGUUCUGACAACCGUACGGUUUUGGAAAUAUGCACUGCACUGCUUUUAUGGGUUUAAAGGCAUCCUCCACUCCUUCAUGUUUGUCUGAGCUCCAGUCCAGUCUUACUCUUUCUCUCAGGCAGUCGUGUGAGAUUAGUUAGAAAUCUUGACAUUCAGCUUCCUGCCAGGAGGUAGGGCUACUGCUCAAGCUGCUGGACCCGUAGUAUGUGAAUGAGCAGAGCUGUCAGUGCAUGAAACGGCUGAAUCCUGUGCGACUGCGAGGAGGGCACACAGACUUUCCUCACAAGGGCGAACAUUACACUGUUGCUCUGCCUCAACAACGUUGGAGCUCCUGCCCAAUCUUAAUCAUAACUGUUUUUAAAAGCCUGAAGCUGGCGGCAUUAAUUGAGACUUCACCGUGAUUCCAAGUGCUGGAGCAAUUCUGACAUUGCAGCUUGGGCAAUUUAUGGUGGAAUUAAAGAAAGGUUUGUACCUUUCCAAUCCAAGGACACAUUUCCUGAACUCAAAGAACAUUGGAAGAUUGGGAGUAAUAUGUUUGCAAUCUACUCAUCCAUCAGGAAGUGAGAUCUAAGAAGUUGAUGCGAUCAUUGGUCUAUCUCCAGGGACUCAUUGAGAUCUGCUCUUCUACAUAAGCAGGUCCAGAGAUUACUCGCAGUGACUAAAGGGCAUCAGCCAAUGACUGUUAAGAUGGGAAGUUUUGAACGCAUGAGGAAUGUGAUGAUAGCUUUCAGUGUCCUGAUCUCACUGAGUGGAACCGGCCUGCUUGCAAUAGCAUGCUUGUUAUUGCUUUACCCCACGGGACCUGGCGGCGCACUGUCAAUCAGCAAUGCCCUCUUCAUUGGGACAAUUUACGCCGUAGCCUUAUCUGUUGUGCUGCUUGUUCUUGGAAUUCUCGGCAGUAUUGCUGCUUUCCGGGAGAGCAGAUGCCUUCUCAUGGUUUGUUUCUUGCUCAUUCUGCUGAUGUGCAUGGUGGAGCUUGCUGCUGGAAUUGCCGCGUUUCUCUUCAGAGAUCAUUUAACAAAGUUGUAUUUUGAGGAAGAGCUGAGAGGUUACUAUAUGGGAGCCAACACCACAGAUCCUUACACAAAAAGCUGCGACUCCAUCAUGAUCAGGUUUGAGUGCUGUGGGGUGAAUGGGCCACGGGAUUUCCUUUACGUCAUACAUUUCGUUGUACUCAACCCUCACUCCAACGUGCCAGAGGCUUGUUGCAAAAGAUACGAAGCCACAAAGAAUGGAAUCAUACGCGAUGUAAAGAAAUGCAUCUCUGGUGAAGCUGAAUUUAUGAACUCUCAGGGCUGCUUCGAUGUACUUGGGCCUAAAGUGGAGAUGAUUCUUUACCUGACUGGAGGUCUGUCUAUUUGGAUCUUAAUAAUUCAGAUCUGCGUGAUGAUCUUUGCAAUCUGGCUGUUCCAACGAGCGUAGACAAGCUUCCCUGGCCCAGCUGUGCUGAGUGACACCGUGGACUGCGUUACGUGUUUGACAUUGAUGGAUACAGAUACCUGCUUUCUCCAUCUCGGGGACUGGAUCCCUGGGGUGUAGCACGGGCACUUCAACCACCUAAUUGUGAGAUUAUUAGUUGAGAGCACGAACCAAGAGGGGGCUGGACUGGGAACGUCACUGGAAGCAGUGAGCAGCCUUUCCUGGUGGCACCGAUGGAAAUGGUUUGGGAGGGGGCUGGGGAUGUGGGUUUCAUUGUGCAGUGAUUUGUAGCUGACCUAAUACGCUCACAAUAUUGAAUCUUAUAUAAUAUACAUGAGGAGAAUCAGAUCUUUCAUAACAGUUUUGAUUCUUGAUGUUUCUCUGAAUUUCUGUGAUUUGCUUUAUACUUUGUGGCUUUUGUGAUUAUGUGAAUAAUUUAUAAUUUGACAACUGUCAUGUGAAGUAAAACUGCUCAGGUGGGAACUGCUGCCACCGUGAGGUGAGUGGGAGAAAGGGAACUGUGCAUUAAUUCCCUUCUAUUGUCCACAUGACCAGACAGAGGAGAGAGAGCAACAUGUGCCCUCUCGUUCGGGAGGCCAGAGCAGGGGUGGGAAAGCAAGCAGGGGUUUAGUCCAGGGGUUUGGGAGCAAACGGAUUCUGGUUUGUGCGGAGCAGAGGGUGAGCAGACAAAAGCACACUCCCAGAGCAGCUCACAGAUACCCUGGUCAUUGGGAGCUGGCACAUUGUGCCCAGUUUGGGACGGGAGGGGAGCGCAAGGAAGGCAAACAGAGAUGCAAGACUAGGGGUGCUGAUAGAGCAUCUGCUGGCUGAUAUGCUGGACACACUCCUUGGUCUGGGGAGGGUACAGGGACCCUUGGUCGGGAGGGGGGCGGGGAACAGAAAGGGGGUCCUUGGUGCGGGGUAAAGCAGUCCAUCUACCGUUUGGGACAACAAGUUGGAGUCAUUGGUGCAAAACCGGGGUCCCUGAUCUGGAGAAGAUACCAAGGUGCUUGGUCCGAGGGACCAGAUGGAGUCCGUGAAGAGUGGUCCCAGGUCUGAAGGGCAAGAGAAUGUUGUCCCUCUCAUUGACAGACAGGGUGUUAGAUGUGUGAUCUCUCCCUUUUCCUGCAGUAAGAACUAAUUGGGACAAUUUGUCCAGGCACUGUUUGAAAUGGAAACCUGUGACCAGCGCAAUGAAUAACCCACUGGGCUGUCAGCUCGUUGGGUGGGCAAUCAGUAGUGUUUGAAAUUUCAGUGCCAAACGGAGCCCGAUGCUUUUGUUGUGGUUGUUUGUCAAUCACACAUUUGGUGACCAAACAGGUUGUGAAUUGAAUUGCCGAUUGAUAUAUUCUAAAGUCGUAGAGAUGUACAGCAAGGCCAUUUGCCAAAGUUAGGCCAUUCAGCCCACUCCAAUCAUGCCAACCAGUGGGCACCUAUCCACACUAAUCUCAUCUCACAGCUCAAGUGGUCAUCUAAACGUCUUUUAAAUGUUGUCAGCAAUCCCACUUCAACCAUUCACUGUGACAAUAAAAUAAACUGUGACAAUAAAAUACAUGACAAUAAACUAAACUUCAAAGUACUCACCACCUUCUGGUCUCACAUAGAUAUCUCCUGAAUCACUUCCCCCUUACACAAAAUCUAUAUCCCCUUUUAUAAACACACAUUACUGGAGUAACUCAACGAGACAGGCAGCAUCUCUGGAGAGACAGACUCAGAUUCAGUCUGAAGAAGAGUCUCGACCUGAAACGUUGCCCAUUCUCUCUCCAGAGAUGCUGCCUGUCCUGCUGAGUUGUGCCAGCAUUUUGUGUCUGUCUUCAGUGUAUAACCAGAAUCUGCACACAUCCUUUCUACACACUAUAUCCUCCAAACAUCGUCUCAAGAUGUUUGUUCUGUCUUCCCUAUCUAUAUUCUUCAUAAUCUUCUCAGUCAUGUUCCCACUCAUUUGGCCUCUGUAAAAUUGCCCCUAAUGAGUAGUGAGUGGAUGCAAAAGUGGAAUAACAUCGAACUAGUGUGAGUAGGUGCUCGAAGGGCUUGUUUCCAUGCUGUAUCUCUAAACUAAACUAAGUAACAAAAAACACCCUCUGCCAUCGCCCUCUUUGACCUAUUGCAAAGCCAAUUGUGGAUCCAGUUUGCCAACUUGUCCUGAAUCCCAGCAGCCCUAACCUUUUGGAACCGUCUCCCAUAUGCUAUGUCGUCAAAGACCCAACUGAAGCUUAUUUUAGACGUCAAUGCUCCAGCAAAUGUCCUCUCGCCAUCACCCAGCUUGAGUGUGUAAAACAGUGGGCAGGGUCCUCUGGCACCUGCCUUGUGUCAGGGAUCGUCCAAGCCAGUCGCAAACUGAGUGUUGCUGGCUGUUGCCCUAAUUCUGCAAGUGUUUAGUUUCCUGGCCUCAGCCUCCUCUUGUAUCAGGUUGCACAGAGCAACAUGGCAAUGGUUGAAAGACUGGUUGGCUGAGGAUUUGGCACCAGUAGACAUUCCUCUGGGAACGUAGGUUGAUGGGGAUCAUCGGAAGAGAGCUUGCAAUGCAGGAUGGCUUCAAAGAUGAUUGUGACAAUGAAACUGUGCAUGGGCACCUCCGCUAGAGUGGAAGACACCUACAGCACCCGAGUGUUCAAGCUGUCGUGCAGCAGAGAGUCUGGUGGAGUGGGGAGAGGAGGUGGGAGAGGAGUUCAUUCACCCUUUCAAAGACCAGACGUUAGAGUGCAGUGAAGACCACAGUUCUGUGUGAGGUAUCACUGCGUGGAUA